AUGGCAUGCGGGCACGUCGAGCAGUUUCAGAAGCUGGAGCUAAAUGGGCCCAUUGAGGAGGACCUGCAGGAGCUGGCGGUGCCAUCGGUGGGGUGGACCCCGCUUCACGCAACGGCCGGGGCGUGCCUUUCGCCACUUUGGGGAAGGCCCGUGAUCGGCUCGAGGAUCGCCCCCUCAUGGCCCAAGCGUAUGUGCACAUACUGCCUCAAGGAGGUGACAUCUGGCUUCAUGCUUUUCCGACACGCUGGUCCCAGGGCUCCAGACUGUCCCAGCCACCUGCUGGUGAAGCCUGUCUCUGCGCUGGUGCUGUCCUUGGAAUUCCAGCCAGCAAAGCGAGGCCAGUGGAAGGUGGAUGCCAUAACUCUGGCCGGCCAGUCAGUGAUGCAAGGAGGCAAGGUUCUGCGUGGCGGGACCGGCACUGGUGAAGUGUGGAAACUCGUCGAGGAGGAAGUGCAGGUGAGAUGGACUAUGACAGAGCCAGAACUGGCAAAAGUUCAACUCCUGCACGGAAGCACGCCUUUUCCACGAAGGCAAGAGAGCAUUUCAAGGUAUCUGGAGCGGAUGAAGGCUCCGAAGCGCUCUUCGCGGCGCAGUCUGCCAGCAAAGCAUGCUUGCAAAGGGUACCUGGAGCGCACAAAAGCGUCGAGGUGUUCUUUGCGUCGCAGACUUGCUCUCCGGUGCUCCAGCAAAUGCAAGAAGCCAUCCGCGAGGAGGGCGAAGAAAUGCCGCACUGUCUGA